AUGUCCUCCAAAGUUCAUCGAGCAAACACACAAACACUGGACUACCACCGAACUUAUCCCACAACUUUGUCAAGUCUUCUCUUUGAAAUGGAGGGUGUUACAGUGUUGAUUGUUGGUGCUGGGCCAGCAGGCCUCGCAACGGCAGCAUGCCUUAGCCAAUUAUCAAUGCCUUAUGCCAUCGUCGAGCGCGAGAGUUGUAGCGCGUCACUCUGGCGCAACCGCGCGUAUGAUCGUCUAAAGCUGCAUCUCGCAAAGGAGUUAUGUGAGUUGCCACACAUGUCAUACCCUGUAGAUGCACCAACAUACAUACCAAAAACCUUGUUUGUGAAGUACUUGGAUGACUAUGUUGAGCGUUUCAACAUUCAACCAAAGUAUCUCACCAGCGUGGAGUCAUCCACAUAUGACAAUGAUGAAAAAUGUUGGUCCAUUGUGGCAAAGGACAUGUCAAAGUGCACCACAGUCAAGUUCAUGGCGAAGUUUCUUGUUGUGGUAAGUGGUGAGAAUAGUGCGGAGAAUAUUCCAAUGUUCCCUGGACUGGAAAACUUUCCAGGUGAUGUUAUCCACUCCUCAAGCUACAAGUCAGGCAAGAGCUACUCUGGCAAGAAUGUAUUGGUCAUUGGAUCUGGUAACUCCGGGAUGGAAAUUGCUUAUGACCUUGCGAUUCAUGGUGCCAACACAUCGAUUGUUAUACGAAGCCCGAUUCAUGUAAUGACAAAGGAAUUAAUUCGUUUGGGGAUGACACUUGCUCACCGUCUUCCAUUGAAUCUAGUGGAUAAACUCCUUGUGAUGGCAGCGUAUUUAAUAUUUGGAGACCUGUCACAGCAUGGCAUCACAAGGCCAAAAAUGGGUCCAAUGACCCUCAAAUCAGAAACAGGCCGAUCUGCAGUAAUUGAUGUUGGGACUGUUGGAUUGAUCAAAAAAGGCAUCAUCAAAGUUCAAGGGAGCAUUAGUAAGAUCAAGGGCAACAUAGUUAAAUUUCAAUGCAGUAAAAGAAUGUCAUUUGAUGCAAUUGUGUUUGCAACUGGAUACAAAAGCACGGCAAAUAUGUGGCUCAAGGAUGGUGAGAGCAUGUUAAAUGGCAACGGACUGCCCAUCCAAAAAUAUCCGAAUCAUUGGAAAGGUGAAAAUGGGCUCUACUGUGCUGGGUUGGCGAGGAGAGGAUUAGCUGGUAUUGCAACAGAUGCCAAGAAUAUCGCUAAUGACAUCAAAUCUGUGAUGGACUCUAUGUCAAGUUAAAUCAUCUUUUACAUGUAGUUUACCAUGGCAAGCAUGCUAGAAGGUUGAUUCUUUGAGAAAUAUAUCCAUUGUGUCACCUUUCUAUCUAGCUUUUAGACAAGUAAAUUUAUGUUUAUUUUAAGAUUCAUAUGUGCCCCGAAGAGAGAUGUACUAUUAU